AUGCCAGCCACCCGCGUCCCGCUCCUCUUUGGCACCAUGACCAUGGGCGAGGCCGGCAAGAACGGCGUCCGCACCUCCGACCUCAAGGAGUGCCAGGAGAUCGUCGAUGUCUUCUUCAAGCACGGCCACCGCGAGCUCGACACCGCGCGCAUGUAUGCCGAAGGAACCACCGAGCCGCUGCUUUCGAGGCUCGGCCUGCCACCCGACGUGACCAUUGACACCAAGGCGUACCCUGCCAACCCGGGCGAUCAUGCUCCCGCGGCCCUCCGUGCGACUUUUCAGACGUCCCUCAAGCAGCUCGCUCCGUUCAAAGUGCGCGUUUUCUACCUGCACGCCCCGGACCGCAGCGUGCCCUUCGAAGAGACGCUACGUGAAGUGAACGAACUGUACAAGGAAGGGCUGUUCCAGACGUUUGGUUUGAGCAACUAUGCUUCCUGGGAGGUAGCAGAGAUUGUCGGCAUCUGCAAGGCAAAAGGCUGGGUGCAGCCUAGGAUCUACCAGGCAAUGUACAACGCGGUCACGCGUGAGAUGGAAGCAGAGCUCGUGCCCUGCUGUCGCAAGUUUGGCCUCCGCAUCGUCAUCUACAACCCGCUCGCCGGCGGAUUCUUCGCGGGCAAGGUGGCCGCACCGAACGCGGAGGCGCCCAAGGGCGGCCGUUUCGAUCCCAGUAGCAGAAUGGGCGCGAUGUACCGCGCGCGAUACCUCAAGAGCGGGUACUUCGAGGCGCUCAACUACCUCAAGCCUAUCGCUGAGAAGCACCAGCUCCGGCUGACGGAGAUCGCGCUGCGCUGGUGUCAGCACCACUCGGUGCUUACGCCGGAGGACGGAGUGAUCCUUGGCGCGAGCAGCGCGGCGCAGCUGGAGCAGAAUUGUACGGACUCGGAGAAGGGGCCGCUGCCCGAGGAGGUGGUCAAGGCCCUGGACCAUGCGCGCUUGAUUGUAGGUGCUGAGGCGCCAACGUACUGGCGGUAAGGAGGUGCAGCAUCGAGAGGUUUUGUGAUGAAGUGGAGUUGUCGUUGCGUUGGAAGGAACGUUGUCGGUGUUGUUGUGUGUAUUUCCCCUGCGUUCUGUGAUUGAAGUGCUUAUCGAUAUUGUGUAGCCGUGUAUUACCAUGAACAUGUAUUAGCAAGG